CUCCUCUUGGCUGGCAAUGCGAACGCAAUAGCAGCUGAAGCACACUAGGCUCCGCUUUCCAAAGGGGAAACCCGCUCGGGAUGGGUGGACAAAUUCUCAUGGCCCGGCUUGACGAAGCCACCACAUCGCUAGCCGCUCUACAUUCGCUACUCAACCAUAUCACUCGCUCAUAUUGAUACCAGCACAUGCAUAGUCAUGUCCAGACAGCGCAGAGACUCGCUUGGCUGGGAGAUUAUACAGACGACGCAGGAGCUUGCCCGCGAGCGCCAAAUCAUUGAAGGCCUCCAGAUCCGCCUAAAACAACGCGAACAUCGAGAGACUCGAGAAUGCCUCCGCCAGACCGUCGACUGCCUAACAACCGCACUGCUCCGAUUUGAGGACCAAUAUCGGGAUCUUGCUGGCCGAUACUAUCAAUAUGCAUACCAGCGUAUACAUCGGUCCGUAAUCGACGCCUUUCACAACGAUACACCCCUGUACGAACGAGCGUUCUUCCAGCCUUGGAGAGACCUGGAAAAUGCAAUCAAGUUGGCUCUAGAAGCACUAGGGGACGUCACCAGCAGCCACGAGCUCCGAUUCCAUCGCGCAUCUCACGAAAUAUCCAACGGCAUCAUGCUCCGGACCAAUAUCGAAAGGGGCUUAGCGACACUGACCCACCACGUUAUUCUUCUUGAGCGUAUUCACUCUGUCAACCGGAGCGCAGGGAUCGGAAGGUCUCCGCCCCGGAGCCAACGCAAUCGGGCCCUUUGGUCGUGGAUCACCUGCCUUCCAGAGGCCGCAAGGCUGCUUCGGGCAGGUAGAGAUCCAGCGAAGAUUAUGGAAGACAUGAUUGGGACUUCUGAGGAACAGUUUGUCGAUCGGCCCGACCCGCCUAGCGCUGUUAGCCCAAGCGUAUACAGCACGGACACUCUUGUAGCCGCACAGGACGACGGCUUCAACGAGGGCGAGGGGAGCGAUUGGGCGGCGGCUGACAUUUUGAAUAGCUAUCAGGAAGAUGGAGAGGCUCUAAGGCGCUCCCAGUCUGCGGACGACUGGGAAGUAGUGCCUUGGUCGGCACAUCGGUGA